AUGCAAGACGGCUUCGACAACUGGAUUGAUAGCCAGCUUCGCCCGGACCUAGCUGCAAUCUUUGCCAAUUUCAAUUUCCGUCUCAUCCUUCGCAUCUUGGCCACGGCUGCUUUCCACAUUUGCUGCAUCGGACUGUGGAUCAGUGUCUGGGCUCCGGGAUUCAAGUGGUACAACCGACACGUGGUGGAUGCGUACAAGAACCCCGACGCGGACAACAAGAACGUGACGCCCAUGCAAGUGGUGCUCAUUUUGCUUGGAAGUGUGACCAUUCUGUUCCCAGCCCUGAUCAUUACCCCGCUCGCUGGGUUUAUCGUCUUUGCGUAA